UUUAAUAUUUAUUCGACAUUUUAAUAACCAUAUUUUUAAAAUCAUAGAGCGACAACAACUACCAAUGGAGAGAUUCAAAAAGGCUCUUAUAUUGACCAAAUGUUGCUUUUGCAUGGAUCUUAAAAAUGGAUCUUUGAUCAUUUUGUAUUAUAACUUGUUUUCUAAUUCGUGCAACAUCGUACUAUAUUUAAUGACCUUGUUAGCGCCUGGUCAAGGAAUGAUUGCAAAGCAGGAGGAAAAUGACGAUUCAUUCAGUGAUGCAGUUAUCAUAAUUGUGAUUAUAAUAAGUAUUGUGAACGUAGUGGUUUCCAUUUACGGCAUACUUGGAAUAAAUAGGAACAUACCACGCUACGUGAAAAUAUACCUCGUCUAUACUCUGAUCUACAUAGCGGUGAUUAUCUUCUUGGUCAUGCUAAGUGUUCUCACGGGACAUGUUGACCCCGCAUUUAUUUUCUGGGAUAUAAUAAGUAUACUACUAUACAUUUAUUUCUAUUUGGUAGUGAGAAGUUACUACUUGUUAAUGGGAGCCCCUUCCUCUCCUGCAUCAAAAUAGAAAGUCGACCACUGCGUAAC